AGCAGCAGAAGGAGUCAAGGCACAGAGCUGAGAGAGGCUGAGAGAGAAAAAAAAGGGAAGUGCGAAACAGAGAGCCGACCCAGCUUCAGUAUGUGAUUGCUGCUUCUGUCUGAUCGCAUAGAUCUGCCUGCGUGCUCUGUGAACAUCCUUGCGAGUUGCUUUGGUCACCUGAAGAUGAUUCUAGUCCGGGGGCCUUGACAGUAAUUAGAGUGUGAGCCAUGGGAUUGCUUGUUUCAUAAUAAUCCGGCAUUCUGCAUCUGCUGCUUUUCAAGAAGAUUGUUUUGAAAGAGAGAGCAAGGCAGACUUUUAAGCUUGUGCCGUGGAUUUCCUAUUAAAGCAUACAGGUUUGUGGAAGGCACAGUGAAUGGAAGGAAAAAGGUUCUGCAAAGAAAAUUGAGGACCUGGCAAAGCAAGCGUUAAAAUAAAAGCCUUGCAAAAAGUAUUCCACAGGAACCAGCAUGGACUGGAAAAAAUAUGAGCUGAGAUGCAGGAACAUAAAAGAAGACUAAGCUGCCCUGUCAGAAAACCCUACUGCCACGUUUAGCCGAAUAUUUCUUGGAUUAGAAACAAACCCAGGAAAUUCAGCACCAAACUCUGAGGGGCACCACAAUUAACUGAGGACAGAACUGAGGAAGUACUGUCCACUGACUACGGAGCAUAUUACAAAUGAUGCUGCUACAUUCCUGAUGCCAGACUGAGUGAAUGUUCUAAAUAAAAUAAAAUUUGUCUAUGAGCUGACAAGAUUUGAAGAUACCAACAAAAUACUCGUUAAUGAGUGUGGCCAUCAGAGGGUGCUCCAGCUCUCCAGACAUCUGACACAAAGACUCAGGCACAAGUAUAAAAGCACAAAGAGCUUUGUAUUAUAGGAAACGCUUCUGUGACCGCAGAUCUUGUGACCCAAAGGGGCAAUACUCCAUUCCUAGUCUUGUCCUCCUUGGGCUGAGCAGACUCCUUGGAACUUCCAGUUUCAGCAUGUCAUUCUUGAGAUGUUUUGUCUUUUCCUAAAAAAGAAAAAGAGAAGAGAAUUCUUUGAGGCAUCUGGUCUACUUCAUCCUUGGCCCAGUGGUUUUCUUUGUGCUCCAGACCCAUUUCUCAAGGACAGGGAUCAGGAGGCAGUUUCCUGCUUAUGUUAUAAGGGAGCUAAGCUAAUUGCAUCAACUGGUGAGCAUCGAGGUGGCAAGUAUUCUAAAGCUGAAGCAUGAUGAUCUGCUACUAUAGCUUGUACUAAAGCUUCCUGCAAAGUCCCUUCAGGAUUAUUGUUCUCAUCCAUGAUGUAAAUGAAGUUUGACAUUUCCCCCGAUGGGCAGUUAAACCAUGGACCUUAAAAGAACUCUUUGGACUGGCCUCAUAAUCUGGAAUUAACUUUAAUACACUGAGCUGAGAAGGCAAAUUCAGUAUAAAGGAAAAAGGAAAUUAACAAGCUGAUUUCCUACAAUGAGAAUUACGACCACAUCCUGCCUCUGUCCUGUCCUGGUCUGCCUCAGCUUUGUUCAGAGGUGCUAUGGGACAUCUCAUCAUAGUUCAGUAAAAGUGAGCAAAAACCAAACCAAACACAUUGACGGAGAGACUGAGGUACACCAUCGGCCUAAACGUGGCUGGGUUUGGAACCAGUUCUUUGUUUUAGAAGAACACAUAGGAUCGGAGCCACAGUACGUUGGAAAGCUUCAUUCUAAUUCUGAUAAAGGGGAUGGAUCUGUCAGGUACAUUCUUACUGGUGAAGGCGCUGGUUCAAUAUUUCAUAUUGAUGAGACUACGGGAGAUAUCCAUGCUACCAAAAGUCUGGAUCGAGAGCAGAAAACACACUACGUAUUACAUGCCCAAGCCAUUGAUCGACGGACGCAGAAGCCUUUGGAACCGGAAUCAGAAUUUAUCAUUAAAGUGCAAGAUAUCAAUGACAAUGCACCUAAAUUUACAGAUGGACCAUUUGUUGCAUCAGUACCAGAAAUGUCUGAAGUUGGUACCUCUGUUCUGCAGGUGACAGCUACAGAUGCUGAUGAUCCCACUUAUGGAAAUAGUGCUAGGGUUGUUUACAGUAUCCUUCAAGGACAGCCUUAUUUUUCUGUUGAUCCCAAAACAGGUGUCAUCAGGACUGCCUUAGCAAACAUGGAUCGGGAAGCCAGAGAACAGUAUGCUGUUGUUAUUCAAGCCAAAGACAUGGCAGGACAAAUAGGAGGCCUAUCUGGAUCAACCACCAUAAAUAUUACUUUAACUGAUGUCAAUGACAACCCUCCUAAAUUUCUUCAAAAAAAUCAUCAGUUGUAUGUACCAGAAUCAGCACAAGUUGGAAAACCUGUGGGUAAAAUCAAAGCAUAUGAUGAUGACAUUGGAGUUAAUGCAGAGAUAAAGUACAGUAUUGUGAAUGGAGAUGGAACUUCCACCUUCAACAUAUCCACUGACAAGGAAACAAGAGAAGGCAUCAUCUCUUUGAAAAAGCCACUUAACUAUGAGAGGAAGAAAAGCUAUACACUCAUCAUUGAAGGAUCAAACCCUCAUACAGAUGGUCGAUUUUCACAUCUUGGACCAUUUAAAGAUACAACAACACUGAAGAUAAUAAUUGGAGAUGUAGAUGAGCCACCUGUGUUUUCAAUGUCUUCUUACAUAAUGGAUGUAUAUGAAAAUGCAGAAGUGGGAACAGUGGUGGGUGCAGUUACUGCACAGGAUCCGGAUAGUCUAAACAAACCAAUCAGAUAUUCCAUUGAUGGCAGUUUACACGAAGAUAGCUAUUUCAGCAUAGAUUCCACCAGCGGAACUAUUAAGACUACAAAAGUCCUUGAUAGAGAAGAACAACCGUGGUAUAACAUCACAGUAACUGCUUUUGAGGAUGACAGACAGACUGACCAGAGCCAUGUUCCAGUUGCAAUUCACGUCUUAGAUGUCAAUGACAACCCACCAGAACUUUCCACGGAGGAUGAUGUAAUUAUUUGUGAGACAUCCAGGCCUGGCCAGGUAAUUCAAACUGUGACUGCUAUGGACAAAGAUGACUUUGCAAAUGGGCCACAGUUCUUCUUUUCAUUUCCAGAUGAUCUUCCAGUUAACCCUAAUUUUACUCUAAGGAAUAAUGAAGAUUAUACAGUCAGCAUUUUGGCAAAAAGAAGGAGAUUCAGUAGGACAGUCCAAGAAGUUUAUCAUCUACCAAUUGUGGUAUCCGAUGGCGGGAGCCCUUCUCUUACAAGAACUAGUACUCUCACUCUGCGGGUGUGUGCCUGUGAAAGAGAUGGGAAAGUGAGAACUUGCCAUGCUGAACCAUUCCUCUCUUCUGCAGGGUUAAGCACAGGGGCUCUUAUUGCAAUUCUUCUUUGCAUUGUCAUCUUACUUGUGAUUGUGGUGUUAUUUAUUACACUGAGGAGGAGCAAAAAAGAGCCACUGAUUAUUUCAGAGGAGGAUAUCCGAGAAAAUGUUGUCACUUAUGAUGAUGAAGGUGGAGGAGAGGAGGACACAGAGGCUUUUGAUAUUAGUGCUCUAAGAAAUCCAGCAGCAGCAGAAGACCUAAAAUUUCGAAGAGAUGUCAGGCCAGAUAUUCAAACAGCUCCCAGGAACAGCCCACCAUUGGUCCUUGACGGUGUCAACGUACAUGACUUUAUAAAACAAAGACUUAUAGAAGCUGACCUUGAUACUAGUGUUCCUCCAUACGAUUCCCUUCAGACAUAUGCAUAUGAGGGUCAUGGAUCACUUGCUGGGUCAAUUAGUUCUCUUGAUUCAGCAACCACACACUCCGAGCAGGAUUAUAAUUACCUUUGUGACUGGGGACCAGAAUUUCAAAAACUUGCUGAACUCUAUGGUGAAGAAGAGUCAGAACAAACCACUUAGUGUCUGUUACUGUAAAAAAGAAAAACCUCAGUUAAAUAAAAAAAGCUUUUGAACUGUACCAGUUGUUCACUUUUACUGUAGAAACAAGUGCCCUUUUUCAUUUUCUGAUCUUGGGUUCUACAAGUGGAACAAAAAAAGAUAACUGAUUUUGAAAAUACAAAAAAGACAAUUAUUUUCCCUGGUGUAUAUUUUUUAUUGAUGAAUAAAGUCCAUAGAACCAGUUAAGUAAAUACAUGUACUGAAGUGUAAGCAAUGGAUUUUUUUCUUUAUUUCAGUUGUUAUGAGUUAAUUUUGCACCAUGGCACACAUUCAUAAUUUACUGUAUAAAUAUAAAGACAUUAGCAUAAACAUUUAAAGUCAGUC